GAAAAUCCAUCUACAUUCCGUCUACACCUAUAAAAGCUUUGAAUUUUUUGAGGACAAUUCAGUUUUAAUCUUCCACCUCCAGCGCGAAUAUCAAUACCUUGUUAAAAUGAAAUUCUUAAUUGUUUUUGCUCUGAUCGCUAUUGUUUCUGUUGUUAGCGCAGCUGAUGCUGAUGUCAAAGAACAAAAUCAACGUGUUGAGGAGCACGUAACAAAAUGCCGCAGUAAACACCCAAUAAAAGAUGAACAACUUGCUCUAUUGAAGGAUGGAAAAGUUACAGAGGGUAGUGAUGAUGAAAGAUGUUUUGUCAAUUGUUUCAUGGAAGAAUCUGGAAUAAUGGUUGAUGGUAAAAUCCAAAAAGAAAAGGCUAUUAAGGCAUUUUCUGUAAGGAUAGGCGAAGAAAAGGCAAUUGAAGCCUUUGAGAAGUGUCAAAGUGAGGUUGGAAGUGCAAAGUGUGAAACUGCUUUGAAAAUGCACAACUGUUUCCAUGCCCAAGGUGUCUACUAGUUUAUUUUCUUAAAUAAGAGAUUAAUAUAAUUUUAUGAAUAAAAUUAUUUAAAAGCCUUUUA